UCCAGACCUAUUCAAACAUUUACACUUGGGGAUCUCUCAAGCAAGACUAGCUUUCUGGACAUUUUUUGAAAUACUGCAAGAAAUUUUCUGAGGAAAUAUGGUUUCGGCUGGCUUUCAGAUGCUGGGCACUGCCCUGUGCAUUAUUGGAUGGAUUGGGGUCAUUGUUAUCUGUGCUUUACCUCAGUGGAAAGUUACAGCCUUCAUCGGCCAGAACAUUGUCACAGCUCAAACUACAUGGGAAGGCAUCUGGAUGAGCUGUGUAGUCCAGAGCACAGGCCAGAUGCAGUGCAAAGUUUAUGAUUCAAUGCUGGCCCUGUCUUCAGACCUCCAGGCUGCUCGAGCCCUUACUAUCAUCGCCAUCCUGCUUGGUGUCAUUGGCAUCCUACUGGCCAUGGCUGGAGGGAAGUGCACCAACUGUGUGGAGGAUGAGGGCUCAAAAACCAAAAUUGGCAUUGCAGCUGGGGUGGUCUUCAUCAUUGCAGGUGUUUUGUGCCUUGUCCCAGUGUGCUGGACAGCAAACGCCGUCAUACAGGAAUUCUACAGUCCAAUGUUCAAUGCUUCUCAGAAGAGGGAACUGGGAGCUUCUCUGUUCAUUGGCUGGGGAGCAGGAGGCCUCCUCAUCAUCGGUGGUGCAUUCCUCUGUGCCAACUGUCCUCCCAAGGAUAACUACUCCGCCAAGUACUCAGCUCCCCGUUCAUCUGCUCCAGCUGCAAACAAGGGCUAUGUUUGAGGAGAAACAAGGAAAGGGAAAAGCUGAGAAAGCCAAGAGACUAAAAAAAGACAUGAAUCAAAUGUGUUGUGGUCUAAUUGAUUGAUUCAUGUUGACACUUUAAAUAUUUCAAUAUUUCUAUCGUGCUUGUUUGAAAAUUGCUAAGAAAAAAAGCCCUCCGCACCCAAAACUGGGCGUGGUGCACACAAUGUUCCAAACGGUGGAGUCACAAAAUCCUGCAAAGUUCAUCAUGCUACUUGGAUUUGUUGUAUUUUUCAUUCAUUCAUUUUCCUUUGAUAUUAUCCAUUUGUAUCUUUUUGCAUAACAUUUCAUGUGUGUUCAGUGUGUUUUUUAUUCAUGGAUGUUUUUAAACUGUAAAUAAAGAUGCGUUUUAAGCACUGCUCAACCAACAUA